CCCUCCCCUCGACGUCGCUGCUCUGUCUUGUCCCUCUGCGGGCGCCGUACUCCUUAACGCGCAUGCUCGUUAAAUCUGCCAGACUUUUACACACGGAGCCGCUGAGGUGUGGGGGGAGAGCCGCUGAGGCGAAGAUGGCGGGGGUCCCGGCGGUGCGGAUCAGCAUCGAGUCUGCCUGCGAGAAGCAUGUGCAGGAGGUGGGUCUGGACGGGAGCGAGACUUACCUGCAGCCGCUCUCCAUGUCACAAAACUUAGCCCGCCUGGCGCAGCGCAUCGACUUCAGCCAAGGCAGCUCCGGCUCUGAAGAGGACGAGCCCGCCCCGGCCGCCGGUGGCCGAGACUGGCCUGUAGGAGGGGAAGAGGAGGAGGAGGAAGGUUUGGUAAAGUUUCAGCCUUCUCUCUGGCCUUGGGAUUCGGUCAGGAAUAACUUAAGAAGUGCUUUGACUGAGAUGUGUGUGCUCUAUGACGUUCUCAGCAUUGUCAAGGAUAAAAAAUUUAUGACUCUGGAUCCAGUUGUACAAGAACCACUUGCUCAAAAGCAGAAUCAGGUUUUGCAGCUGAUCUCCAAGAAGAAGUCGUUAGCUGGAGCAGCCCAAAUUCUUCUGAAGGGAGCAGAAAGGUUGUCUAAAUCAGUCGCAGAAAGCCAGGAGAAUAAGCGGCAGAGAGACUUCAACUCUGAAUUGCUAAGACUGAGGCAGCACUGGAAGCUGAGGAAAGUAGGAGACAAAAUCCUUGGGGACUUGAGCUACAAAAGUGCAGGGUCUCUCUUUCCUCAUCACGGUACAUUUGAGGUCAUAAAAAACACGGACAUUGAUCUGGAUAAAAAGAUUCCUGAAGAUUACUGUCCUUUGGAUGUUCAAAUCCCAAGUGAUUUAGAGGGAUCUGCCUAUAUCAAGGUAUCUAUUCAGAAACAAGCGCCUGAUAUAGGGGAUCUUGGUACAGUAAAUCUGUUUAAAAGACCUCUUCUGAAAUCAAAGCCAGGAGCUCUCCAUUGGCAAGCCAAGCUGGAGACCGCACAGAAUGUCCUGCUUUGUAAAGAAAUCUUUGCCCAACUCUCUCGAGAAGCUGUACAAAUUAAAUCUCAAAUUCCCCACAUAGUUGUGAAGAAUCAAAUAAUUUCUCAGCCAUUUCCAGGCUUGCAGUUGUCUAUUUCCUUGUGUCACUCUUCAGAUGACAAGAAAUCCCAAAAAUCAGCUUCUGAUAAACAGAGUCCAGAAGAUCACCUCUAUGUUCUAGAACAUAAUUUGCACCAGCUGAUUAGAGAGUUUCACAAGCAGACCCUGAGCUCCACCAUGAUGCCACACCCAGCUAGUGCACCUUUUAGCCAUAAGAGAAUGAGACUGGCAGGGCCUCAGGCUUUUGAUAAAAAUGAGAUCAAUUCCUUGCAACCAAGCGAGGGGCUGCUGGAGAAGAUUAUAAAGCAGGCAAAACACAUAUUUCUCAGACGCAGGACUGCUCGAACCAUCGACAGUCUUGCCAGUCGUAUUGAGGAUCCACAAAUUCAGGCCCACUGGUCAAACAUCAAUGAUGUCUAUGAAUCAAGCGUCAAAGUCCUGAUCACCUCUCAAGGUUAUGAACAGAUAUGCAAGUCCAUUCAGCUGCAACUGAACAUUGGUGUUGAGCAGAUCAGAGUAGUACUCAGAGAUGGAAGAGUAAUUACGCUAUCCCAUCAAGAGCAAGAGCUACAAGAUUUUCUCCUCUCUCAGAUGUCACAGCAUCAGGUGCAUGCAGUUCAGCAGCUGGCCAAAGUUAUGGGAUGGCAUGUUCUCAGUUUCAGUAAUCACGUGGGUCUAGGCCCGGUAGAGAGCAUUGGCAAUGCGUCAGCCAUUACUGUAGCAUCACCAAACGGAGACUAUUCUAUUUCAGUGCGUAAUGGGCCAGAGAGUGGCAGCAAGAUUAUGGUACAGUUCCCACGCUGCCAGUGCAAAGAUCUCCCCAAAAGCGAUGUGCUGCAGGACAGCAAAUGGAACUACCUUCGUGGCCCAUUCAAAGAAGUUCAGUGGAACAAAAUGGAAGGGCGCAACUUUGUAUACAAAAUGGAGCUCCUCAUGGCUGCUUUGACCCCCUGCUCCUAGGAUAGGUGAUGAACCAAGGAGGACUGUUGUGUUUGUUACAAGUCUAACAAAAGGGAAUGUAAUUGAGAAGUGGCAUGCAGGCGUAGGAAAAUGUCAAAGGGGCAUUUCUGCACUGUUACCUACUCCUGAUGAUUGAAUGGAUUUCCCCUACCAAGAUGCAUAACCAGUGAAACAUGCUUCAUGAAUUUGACCCUUCUCUUCCUGCUGCCCCCAGUAAUAUCAAAGUCUUCCAUUCUGGGUGCAAUUUCUCCUGCAGUUGCUGAAUGCUGAAUUAAACCCUGCCAUUUUUGAGAUAAUCUAUUGUCUUAUUUGAGUCCAAGUUCUUGACAAAUACUUCAUGAGUUUCAUACAACAGAAAUCACAUUUGCACCCACAUGAGGUUACGUGGACUGCUGCUUUUAGAAUUGGGUUAUGCCCAGAUUAGCAAGGGGGACCCAGAACUCUGCCUGGAACAUACAGGAAGCUUUCAUGCCUUAAAAUAGUUCUUUGUCAUAGCUAUGCUUGUUUUCGGGGUGCUCAGAUGUGGUUGUGACUAUUGAAAAAUUGUUGAAAAGGCUUGGACUUAAUUUUUGCAAGCUGAAAGAUUAUAAAGUAGAAGAAAACCUUUACAAGCUCUGUAUUCCACCUUGUCAAUGGUGAAUUCAGGAGCAAGUGCUAUUGAAUUCAGAGGAAUACAUUUAUAUGAGAUAGGGCUCUAGUGACACCUUAGUUCUAAAACCAAUGAGAAUGUUGGUUCUGGCAGUACCUCUUUAUUAAUAAUGAUCAUAACGCAUACUGUUAAUUAUUUCUCAGUUUUAUUCCUAAAACAUUCGCCAACAUCCACAGGUAAAGACAUUUGUGAGCACCACUUGAGUUUAACAAUUCUAUAGGAAUACUGUUGUCAUUCCAAAAAUAUAUAAGCAUAGGAAAUUAAAUGUAAAAUAUCAAUGCAAGCUAUGGCUAAAGGGUUGUAUUUAGAGGUCAGGAGCCCAGAUUAAAAGCCCCACUGAGCCACAAAGCUCACUGCCUUAACUCCACCUAUCUCUCAAGAUAGUUGUGAGGACAAAAUGAGAUGACCCCCAUCUACACCAUCUUGAGUGCUACAGAAAUGUCAAAAUAAAUGGGGUGUUCAUUUUGUCAUCCUUGUUAGGAAUAAAUUUAUUCUAGACCCCAAAAAGUUGCCUGGGGUUGUCAAGAGUGGUUUAAAAGAACCUACAUUUCUGUCAGAACCAAUGUUGCAAAGAAUUCUGGACCCUAGAGAAACACAACUCAAAGUUCAGUUUCUUCCCAUGAGAAAUAACACCCAUAGGCGCCUCUCUGGCUGGAAUAAUAAUAUCUUGGAAAGAUAAAAUGUAUCCCAGUUGAUUGUUGAUAGUUUCUCUUGUCUUGCUUCAUUUUUUCAUACACACCCUGACAUUGUAGCUAAAUAGCAUAACAGAACAAGAGUUCCUAAACACUUUGCUAGAAUGAAUCCAUAGUUUUACGUCAUACUGCUGACACAAGCACACUAAAGCCUCAUGUUUACCUUUUCACCAAAUGUCAAUCUAACCCUCUUACUCGCAUUUCCUCAGUUCUUAUCUCAUAUUAAGCUGCUUAGAUUGACAUGUGUAUGAAUUAUUUAUCAAACUCUCGCUUUUUAGAAUUAUGAGAAAUGUAACAAAGGAUAAGAAAACGCGCUUGUUUUAUUCGGUAAUAUUGUAUUUUUAUUCUAUGAUUUUAGUAAACAUUGCAUCUUGUUUUGCUUAUGAAACCUAUAUAAAUGAAGCUUUGGGCUAAUAAAGUUGUUCUCUCUCCUGACAGACUGUGGUCUGUAUGGUUAGAGACCCUUUCUUGAUCAAGCAA